AUGAUAAAAACGCGUCGAAGAAACGCGUCGGCCACAGAUAUCCCCGACGCCCCCGCCUCCUCCGACCCCGCCGCCAUCCGCGCAUCCAUCGACAAGCUCGUCGAUGAGGGCAAGAAAGCUAUCGCGCUGAGUCAAUGGGAAGAAGCCGUCGAGCGGUACGGCGAGGCUCUCGAGCUCCAGCAAGAACUUGUAGGCGACAAAGACCCCCAAAUGGCACCUCUCCUCCUCUCCUACGGCCGCGCGCUUUACGAACUCGCAUCAAGCCAAGCGGGCGUUAUGGGCCGUGAAGAGCCUACUCCAGUAGCUGAUGAAUCCGGUCCCUCGGGCGAGCAAAACCCCAACUUUGUCUUUUCUGCAGACCCUGCUUCGGAUGAUGAAGGCGACGACGCCGCUGGCCCUGGACCCGAAGCAUCCGGCUCUGCCCCCGGCCCUUCUGACCCUUCGGCAGAGGCGGCAGAAGGCGAGGCUGCCGAUGACAUCGGCGAGCUCGAAGACGACUACAACGCCGCAUGGGAAGUCCUCGACGUCGCGCGCAAGAUCUACGAAGAGAUCGUAUCCACUCUCAAAGAAGGCGAGGGUGAGAAGGAGAGGCUUGCUUUGGCAGACUGUCAUCAGACUCUUGGGGAUGUCAGCUGUGAGACUGAAAAAUUCCCCCAAGCAGUCGAAGACUUUACAGCCGCCCUCACUAUCAAAUCCGCCCUCCUCCCCCCUUCUUCCCGCGCCAUAGCCUCCCUCCACUACCAAAUCGCCACCGCCCUCGAAAACAUCCCCUCCAAACGCACCUCCGCCCUCUCCCACGUCGAAGCCGCUAUCCACGCUUUCCAACUCCGCAAAGCCCAACUCUCCGGCCCCACCUCCGACCAACCCGCCGAAGUCGGCAAGUUGUCUGAAAAGGAAAAGAAGAAUGAGCUGGAGGAGGUGGAGCUGUUGAUAGGCGAUCUGGAAGCCAAAGUGGAAGAACUCAAAUCCACGCCCGAAGCCGCGCAGGAGGUGCACGAGUCAAUCAAUUUGUUGAUGGGGCAGAGCGAAGGUGGGGGGGUGAAGGUGGACAAUGGGCCGGUGAAUGAUUUGACGGGGAUGGUGAAGAAGAAGAAGCCCAAGGCGGCGCCUGCUCGACCAGCUCCUGCUGCUGCUGCUGCGGACGCGCCGGUGGUUGGCGGUGAGAAGAGGGCGGCGGAAGGUGGUGAGGAGCCUGCUGCGAAGAAGGCCAAGCCCGACGAGGCUUAA